AAGAUGGCGGACACAAUGAGGGGGAGCCGCCUCUCCGCGGCCUGACCGCGCCAAGCCCGCCGAGCCCACCGCCCUCCGCCGCUCCGCCCGGCCCCUCACUGUCCCUCGCCGCCCCUCACCGUUCCGCCCCGCCCCGCCCGGUCCGGCCGUUCCCGCCACGGCCCGGAGCCCCGCCCGGCUGUCCUCAGCGCCGCCGCCCUCGCUCGGCGCGGCCCGGCGGGCGGGAUGAAGCUGACGGACAACGUGCUGCGGAGCUUCCGCGUGGCCAAGGUCUUCCGCGAGAACUCGGACAAGAUCAACUGCUUCGACUUCAGCCCCAACGGCGAGACUGUCAUUUCCAGCAGCGACGAUGACUCCAUCGUUCUCUAUGACUGUCAGGAGGGCAAACCAAAGAGGACCCUGUACAGUAAGAAGUAUGGAGUGGACCUCAUCAGAUACACACAUGCUGCCAACACAGUCGUGUACAGCUCCAACAAAAUAGAUGACACAAUCCGAUACCUCUCCCUGCAUGACAACAAAUACAUUCGCUAUUUCCCGGGGCACACAAAAAGAGUGGUUGCUCUUUCAAUGUCUCCAGUGGAUGAUACCUUUAUUUCUGGAUCUCUGGAUAAAACCAUUCGACUUUGGGAUCUCCGCUCUCCGAAUUGCCAGGGUUUAAUGCAUCUCCAAGGGAAGCCAGUGUGUUCUUUUGACCCAGAAGGGUUGAUUUUUGCUGCUGGAGUCAAUUCUGAAAUGGUGAAGCUUUAUGAUCUCCGUUCUUUUGACAAGGGGCCGUUUGCGACGUUUAAGAUGCAGUAUGACCGAACGUGUGAGUGGACAGGCCUGAAGUUCAGCAACGACGGGAAACUCAUCCUCAUCUCGACCAACGGCGGCUUCAUUCGGCUCAUCGAUGCCUUCAAAGGAGCUGUCCUGCACACGUUUGGGGGUUACAACAAUAGUAAGGCUGUCACGCUGGAGGCAUCAUUCACACCAGACUCUCAGUUCAUCAUGAUAGGUUCGGAGGAUGGGAAGAUCCAUGUUUGGAAUGGAGAAAGUGGGAUGAAGGUGGCUGUCCUAGAUGGAAAACACACGGGUCCUAUAACCUGUCUGCAGUUCAAUCCAAAAUUCAUGACUUUCGCUAGUGCAUGUUCCAAUAUGGCCUUUUGGUUGCCCACUAUCGACGAUUAAUUCCUACGCUGCAGCUGCUGUUGGAUGGCUCCCGUACUGCUGACAGCAGCACGUCAUUGCAAGCAUAGCUUUGGAAUUGCCUACAUCUCCUAGACUGUGUUCCUGUUCCUGCAUAUUUUCCAUGUCUUACCUUUAUCUACAGCAUUCCGUUGUGAGGACUGCUCCUUGGCCUCCUGGCACGCUCAAGAAGCAGCAUGCUACAAGUUCUUACUUCCAGUCCAUGCCCGGCAGGCUUUAGCCCAAGAUGGAACUGACACUGUUAUUUCUUAGAGCCGUGAAGUCUGUUUUAUUUACAAAAUGUUUGUGGCAUUUUUUAAAGCUCUAAUUAUGUGUUUUCCUGCUGUAAGUGCACAAGGCUGUUGAUGUUCCAACGUGGAACGUGCAGUUCCUUUCCAUAAGUGCAUGUUUUUAACGUCUGGAAUCUCUGGUUUCACUGCAGUGCACAGAUGCAAAUACUUCUGUGCCAAAUGUGAACACUGACAGUUUUCAACGGCAGAUGCUGGAUUCUCUUGCAGUGGAACAUGCACCAGAAGCGUGGGUAGCUGUGAACAUACCUCAUACAUCGUCAUCCUUUUUUUUUGGCAAUUUAGUGUGCAACUGCACAGGUUUCAUCCACUGUCAGAGGUUGCCAAAACCUCCCUGCUGUUCACUGUGUCAACGUCCUGGAGGCGCAGACAGCAUUGCUGAGGUCCAGCCAGUGUCCCGAGCAAUAAAGGAGUCUGUCAGCAGGAAGACAGAGAAACCACACAGAGACUGAAAGCACAGUCUGCCUGUGUAUCUUUGUUAUGUACCAUCUUGGCUGAUCUUACUUGUAAAUAUCACGGGGUGGGUGGGCAGUGGGAAUGGGCCAUAUUUUUUUACUUUUAGAUAUAAAAGAAUACGAUGUGGGCCAGUAAUGUGAGAUGUCUAGGCUGUUUACUUUCACCGAUGCAGUUUUCCGCCCCCUGGUCUGUAAAUAAGCUCCACAAAAUUCACCCCACACCAGGCUUAGACCGGUAUCCCUUUGUUAAAGGGUAAAACUGAUACGUGCGUGGUCCAUCACACAGUUUGGUACCAGGCUGCAGGUUUCCAGUGAUAGCUCCGAAACAGCAAUGUGUUCUUUGUCAGAUGCUGUCUUUAAAAUCUUAGGCAUGACUGUGCUGACUCUGCUUUGCUGUGGCCCUGCUCCAAGGAGUGCCCCUGCACAGAGAUGGGGAGGGACAUGCUCUCCUGCCUCAGGGGCUUGUAGCAAAGAAAAGCUGGCAGGCUGGUCUUCAAGCCCAGUUCCAGUUUCUUUUUCCUGAAAUACUGCUUCAAUGGAAUGCAUCCGCCAGCUGGAACAGGCCUGGCGAAAAUGUAGUGUUCACUGUGUUCUUGCCUUUCCAAACACACUUGGGUUUGUGCUGGGUCACAGCUUGGGAAGUCUGUUCUUUCCCUUGCCCAGUCACAUGUGCUUCCCUGCUCAUAAAUAGGAAAAGCUGGCAAGGUGACAAGGCAGUGAUGGGCAUGUUCUGUCUGCUCUCCAGUGCCACACCAUACUGGCAAACCAUGCUGGAGCGUUUUCCUUAGGUCAGUUGUCCUGAUGUUCCCCUGUUACAGCAGAGUUCAUCUCAGCUGUAUACAGUUCACAUCUUGACUCCCUGGAAAAGUAAAUGCCUUGUAGAACAGCUGUUUCUGUUUUGCUUUUUCUUGCCUUUUUUUCCCCCUCCCAGUCCUUGUCAAUGGAAAGGUGCUGUGCUAAGGGCUGGGGAUGGGCACUAAGCAUUUCUGCUCUGCUGGGUUUGGUUCAGGUGGCAGUGUUUGCCUGUGGCAGUGCAGGAGCUCUGCCCACACGGGGCAGGCUCACACCGUGGGGCUCCAUCUGUGUUGUGGUUGUGGCUCUGCUGCCUCACGGGGCAUUUCUAACCGCAGGUCUUUGAUGUGAGUUUGCCAUCCUCCAGCAGGGUGGUGGAUGCUUUCCCUCUGCCACACAGGCCUGCUGCUGGAAGUGCAGAUGAGAGGUUCAUGCCACCCCUCUUCCUGUGCUGACCCACCAUUGCCUAUAAAUAAAACUACCCCGUGCAGGAGGUGGUUUUCUCGGGCCUCAGUCACUGUAACUCAGCCGUGUUGCAUUUCAGGCUGCUUGGUGCUAUUUUACCUUUGUUGGUAUUUACAGUGCUUUGUAAAAUACAGAAAUUUGGGGGUCGUAAUGUGUUAUAACAGUCAAACUUCAGCGUCCAGUAGUAAAUUACCUUUGAAAUUUUUCAAGUCUUUGGCCUGAGGAAGUGAACAGAUAGCCUCUGGCCAUAUUCCUGUUACUUUUCACAGGGAAGCAUUUAGAAGUCUUUUAUUCUAUAAAAGCUCUUUGUUAAUGUGGUUUUGAGCACUUGUCUAGAGGUUGUUGUUCAGCUCUCUUCUGCUUGCAGUGUUGUAAAACAUGGUAUGUUGUGGCAUGGAAUGUUGAAGGAAAAGGGAACCAGAGGAGUGGUUUAGGAGGAUACACACACAAGCACAUCAGUGGCUUUUUGGAGUGAAGAGGGAUGUUCAAGCUCAUGCACAACAGCACUAGUUCUCUGUUCAGGGUGACAGCUGAGCGCCCUCCCAGGGCCCAUUGCCACCUACACAGGCAGACAUCUCUGUUGAUGUAGCAUGGAGUGCUUUCCAUCUGGCUUUAGAAGAGGGGACUGUGCCAAGUGUUGUCAGGAAACUUGAGGAUUGUGUAUUUCAGCCAGUUGGACAGGAAAGGUGAAAAAAGCUUUUAGCUUUCAGCUUCUGUGUGCUUCUCUAGGAGCUUCAGGGUUGCAAUUCCUGUAGUUAGGGCUGCCAGCUAAUGAGAAACAGAUCUGAUGAAAACCAGCCUUCCCAGGUCUGUGAGUAGCCAAGCAGUAAAGAGCAUUCCCCCUCCAAAUCUGACAUGUAAAUCCCCCCCAUGUUCUUUGGGAUGAAAUAAAGACCUUUUUUCAAAACAAGGGGGAAAUGAGACUCAAGAGGCCACCUUUAGGUAAGCAGUGUGGUGGCUGAGCACAUCUGCUUUCAAGUCAGGCUUGAAAGAAUUUUACUUCUUUAUUGAAGCUCCCAGGUCCUGGAUUCAUGCCCCAAUCUCUGCUUUGGAGGGUGCAGGAGCAAUUGAGUGACAAAUUUGGAAGCAGCAGGGCAUCUUUUCCAAUGCCUCUUGGCUGCAUUAGCACUUUAAGAGACUUCACCUUGGGUUUGGGUCAGGGGCAGGAACCUGGUGAACCUUUCAGAAACUGGUCUCUGUGGUCGUGAGCUGCUAUAGGGAGUUGGACUCCUCGGUGGUAUUUGCCAGUGAGUGUAAAUACAUAAAGUCAAAUAAUGCUAUGUCACAAAAUACUACAUUUGUGGAGAAUUCAAUGUUGUGGCUGUGACCAAUAAAUAUUUUGUAGAGAGACCA